AUGCUUGUGAUCUGUAUCGACUUGGGUCGUAAAUAUUUGGACAGACGUAUCCAGAAUAGAUUGGAGUAUCCAUAUUUGUAUGAAGAUCAACUGGGCUUGUUGGCAGAAUCCCAACACCUAAUGUCAGUUCACCUCAACAGAUGUACCCAGACUGGAUUCCAUUUGGAAAUGUGCCUGUUUAACUUGACUACAGUGCUGCAACAGUACCACAGCUACUUAACAGCACACAUUGAGAGGAACCAUUUGGGGAAAAUGCUGCAGAAAGUCGAAGAUUUGCGCCUGGAUCUCAACAAUCUCAGACUGAACAUUGAGGAACUGAUGCACUUUCUAGAUGUCACCCCAGCACCCACUGGAAUUGAAGUGCAAGAGCUGAACUUUGCAAACGACUUUCUGGAACAAGUGGCUGUGCGCCGUUUACUGAAAAAACUGAAAAAGUUCAUGGAAAAUAUUUCCCGUGUUUUUAGUUUUGUUUUAGGCAGAAUGUAAUGUGUUUAAGCACUGACGUCAGAUGAGGCAAGUGCACAUCAUUCUGUGUAAAAGCCUAUUGUUGAUGUGUGACAAGGAAAUAAGGAUAUAUACUUUGAAAUUAGUUAUAUCAGAAAGGGGACUUAGUAUUUGUUUUAAAAAUGCUGUAUUUAAUUUAUAAUUUAUACAAAUGAAAAUUUAUUUCCUCAAAUUUUAAAUUAUACAAACAGAAAAUGAUGCAACAAAUAUUUAUGCAAUAGGAAAUGUCUCAGGGACAACUUGGGAUGUGUGUUUUUUAAAAAAAGUGCAGGGCUAGGAAUGAGAAAAUCAAAAGAUCUGAGAGCUUGGGUGGAAUGCGAAUGAACUUUUUUUACCCGUUGAAGGAUUAUAUGCAUCACUGGCAAGAUCAGCACUUGUUGCCUAUCCCUUUGAGAAGGCAUUGGUGAGGAACCUUCUUGAAACACCAGCAAUCCAUAGGGUUAGUGUAGGUACAGCAAGGGAAGUGUGGAGCAUGCAGGAAGUGAUUAGAACUACCAGUCUGAUAGGUAAGAUUAAACAUUGUGGCCACAGAAAGGUAAAGGAACAAAGGUAAUCUCAGAUUCAAAGUUGAGGUUAUUCUGACCAUGCUGAUUUCCCUGAGUAAGUGUCAACUUAGACUUGCACACUUACAUCCUGGAGUGGAACUUAAACCUUCAAACUUAGCUAUAAGAGCAUACCAUUUUAUCUGAAACUGAAAGCAAAUUUUUAAAAUAUUUACUGUCCAGUUUUCAAACUUGAAAAUAUGUCUAAGUAUUCUCCACUUCUACUUGAAAAGGAAAUUUAACAUGACCUUUGGCACUAGUGGAAAUCUGAGCCAACUGUCAAAAAUGGAAAUUAAAGAAAUGCUUUUGACCCUUUGCAGAGUUGCAUAACCUUUGAUUCUACUCAUGAAGGGUCAGAAGCAGGAAGACAAUUCGACCUGGACUUCCUCAUUGUUGCAAGAGAUGUGUUCCACCCACUGCUUUGGCGAUGUUAUGAUCCUGCCCCAACUCCCUGUGUCAGGGUUGAUCAUAGAGAGACCCCACUGUCUCCAAGAACUGAAAGUUCUGGCAGUGAGGUAGUGAGACCACUGUUGUAGAAGUUCAUUUGGCAGAGGGAAGUUGAGAUGGAGGAAAAGUUGCAUAGCAGGAUUGAAACCAGGCUUUGGCUGAGCUCGAGGUCCAAAAGAUUAGUGUUUAGAGCUUAACUUAUCAAAGGAGCUCAGCACUCAUAUUUUGGACUCCAAUGCUGAGUGAGUCAGCAAAAGAAAAUCUGGUCCAUUUCCUUUGGUCUCUCUGUGCUCUAUAAUUUUGAUAAAAUGACAGUUAUUUAAGAGAGUAAAACAUCAAUGCAGCCAAACCCAAUGUCAAUCUUUUCUAAUAACGAGUUCGGAGAUCUGGGAAUACUGUGACUUUCAAAUUGUUGAAAAAGACAUACACAUUCCAAGAUAUUUAUUUCUAUUCUUAAUUUAUAUUGGAGAUAAUUUUAUUGCUAUUUAUUUGAUAUAUUUUGUAACAUGGAUGGAUUUAGUUUUUUAAAAAAAUAACGUUUUCUAAAUAAAUUCCUAUAUUU